UUUUCGUUCCGCGUUUUAGCAACACCCAUACAUACAUGUCUGUGUUUUCCGUAUGCAGAAAAGGAUUAGGCCCCUAGUUAAGAUCAGCUAAAGGAAUUCAUUAUUGUGUUUUAAUUGGAUUAUCAUUAUGAUGUUGACCAAUUUAGCAUGACUCGAUCUCUGGUAGUUGCUUCGGCCGUUGUACUGGCGUUGUUUAUGGUUCUCAGGGUAGAGGCUGUUAUUAAUGGAGGAGCUUGCGUAAAGAAUGAUGAUUGUGUAAAGAAUGCGUUCUGCUGGAAUAAGUUUUGCAAUUGUGGAUACGGGUAUGGAACAUCGGCCGAUAAAACACAAUGCGAUAAGUUGGCAGAUACCUGUGGUAAAGAUGCCGAUUGUAAGGGGGCUGGUACCUGUAAGGUCCACGGCACAGACUCCGUCAAACUCUGUUCUUGUCCACCUGGAUGGACCGGGUCAAGGUGCGAGGCUAGAAUAGUGACAGGUACUCUAGAGCGGGGUGUUGAACUGGAAAAGGCACAAAUAUCUGCUCCUCCUCCUGUUCCGCCUUAAACCGAUACUGAUACCAUAUGCGCCUUGUCAUCUGCUGUACUGUAUUACUAUAUAUUUACAUUAUCCAGUGUCUUUGCCUGUGAUAACACUACGUAUCGAUUUUGUACUAUAUAACUCAUAAUACAAACGACGCCAAAUCGAGGCGCCAGCGGGGUUUGUUAAUUUAUAUUUAAAUAUUUAAUCGUACGAUGGACUAAGAUUAUAUAAAUAUAAGUAAUAAGGAAUCAUUCUUUGAAUAUUAUGAGGUGAUAAUUUCG